AUGCAAUACGACAAAAACACAUGCCUUCACUAUGACAAAAAACACAUAGGAACAAAUACAUAUCAAAAGCCAUCACCAUGCCUUUCGCCCGCAGGCCUCUCUGGCCUUUCGUCCUGUUCUUUGACCCUGUGGGUGCCUCGUGGGAUGAUGGCGGUGGCGUCGGGGCAGUGGGCAGAUUCCCAGCCCAAAGUAGCCAUCGAGGGCUACCAUGGAGCUUCCUUCCACCUUGAGCCCUUCGAGCUGGAGUCUCUGAGCUUUGCCAUGGGUGACCUCUACUUGUGGCCAGGAGCUAGCUUUGGCCGCAUGCUCGGGCCAAGCCAGACGCCUUUUGGCGAGCUGCCGAAGCUGGGGGAGGAGUUGGAGGCUCUUUUGCCACCUCUCCUUGCUCACAUGGAAACCUUGGUCCCGAAGGCGGUGCCACUGCAGGUGGCAGUGCUUCCAGAUCAAUGCUUGCCGGAUGGAGGACGAGGUCGCUUUGGGUUGCUGAUGUUGCCAGCCUCCUUCUUCCCCGGCGACCAGACCAUGUCGCACCUGGUGGCGCUGCCUCUGGUGGAGGCUUGGCUAGGCAUCACCAGCCCUUCUUCCUCCAAAUCCUGGAUCCACCGCGGUUUGGAGCUUUGGGUGUGUCAUCGGCUCUUGAACCAGGUGCAUGGACACGGCUCGGGCCACAUGAACGUUUGCCUGAUGUGGAGGGCACAGGAGCAUGGAUGUCAUUGUCUCGACGAGAGCGAAGAACGGGAGUCCCUCCAGGCCUUAUUGAGAUACCUUUGGUUGGAGAGGCGAUGCGCUGACAUGGACGGAUUCAUCCGCAACGCGGUCAGCUGA